GGGCUGGCCUUUGGGAGCAGGACAGAGGAGGCCACCCAGAGGUCUGUGUCCUGAUUAAGAGGCCCGUCCUUUGCUGCCUGGAGCAGGCCCUGGUCUGAGCUUCAGCCUUGUCCCUGUGCCCAGCAGACGGCCCGCCCAGUGGUUGUCUGGGGGUGAUGGUUGACCGGUUGAAUGGAGGAACCACAGAUAGAAGGUCUGGGGGGCUGAGGCCCUGGCUAAGAGUGGUCCCACCCGGUCACACCCCAAUAGUCAGGAGGGCGGGGCCAUGGAGUGGGUGGUGGCCCCUCCCUGUUUCCUCCUGGUGGGACAGCAGAGGUCAGACUCAGUCUCAGCCGGGUGUGCAGUGGGAGCAUGGGCUUCGGCAGCAUGAGGCGAGGGGCGAGGGGUCUGAGGGGCAGGGACGGGCCGGCACCCACGCAGUGCCUGCAGACUCAGUGCUUCGACGUGCUGGUCCGCAACUGCGUGGCCUGCAGUCUCCUCCGGACGCCGGAGCCUAGACCGGCCUCGCCUCCCUCCGACCCUUCCCCUCCCCGUUCGUCCCUCUCUUCUGCCCCCUGCCCUCCCUGUCCGUCGCCUCCAGCAGCCGGCCUGAGCAGCCUGGCGCCCGGGACGGCGCUGCAGCCGCAGGAGUCGGUGGGCCCCGGGGCGGCGACCGAGGUCGAGGCGGAGGCCGCGCUGCCGCUUCCCGCGCUGCUCUUCGGCGCCCCCGCGCUGCUGGGCCUGGCGCUGGCCCUGGUCCUGGUGGGCCUGGUGAGCUGGAGGCACCGAAGGCGGCGGCUCCGCGCCGCGGCUGCUCCGGAGACCCCAGAAGCCCCGGGCGGCGACGAGCCCCUGGACAAUGUCACCAUCCUCUCCCCUGGAACCCUGGAUGUCACAGCUCCUAUCUGGCUUCCACCCAGUGAAGACCCAGCCACUACCCCACCUUCCCACAGCAUCCCUGUGCCAGCCACAGAGCUGGGUUCUACUGAGCUGGUGACCACCAAGACGGCCGGCCCUGAGCAACAGUAGCAGCGGAGGUGGGAAGAACAUGGCCCCUGCCUUCCCUGUGGGCCGUCAGCCAGGAGCUUGGAGGUUGGAUUCGGUUCUUCACCCCAGCACCCACCUGCCCCUUUUCUGGGAGCCAGGCUGCUCCCGGGCUAACCCUACAGAACCACAGGCACCACAGACCACCGAGUUCAGCCUUCCUGGCAUCGUGUGGAAUGUUACCAUUUGGCUUCAAAUCAUGCCAUCUUUGGCAGCCCUCAAAGGUUGUGGCUGAGCUCUGUGCUUUUGAGUGGCUGGGACACUGAGUAGGAGUUUUUCUUUAAGCAUGGGGAAGCCACCAUAAGUCAGAAUGAAUCUAGGAGAAGGAUCAAGUGGGAGGAUGCUUAAUUUGUAACUGGGUGUUGCCUUUCUUUAAUACUUGCUCUCAGAGCCAUCCCGCUUUGAAACUGAUGUAAAUUGCAGCAAUGAGUAAACAACUGACUGGUUUGCUUUGGGACUUAUUACAAGAUGAUUUUAAGAAAUAGCCUGGAUUAUGCUGAUUCUCAGAUAUCUGUACCCUAAGGUCAACCCUGAGCUUGGCCCAAUCUGCUAGGACCUGUGAUGCCAUUUUCAGCCUGUUGGCAGCUUUCAGAGCUCCAGUGUCACACUUGGGAGGAAGUCUACAGCCUCUGGGGCUGGACUGCAAAUUCACACUGAAGGCACAGUGGCAGGCAUCUCUGUUGGAGGCCACGUGGAGUCCCAGCUGUCUCCAGGGCACACUAUACAAGGGUAGGGCCCAGGAUCUCCAGGAGGCUCCUUUGUUCAGAGGCCAGGGCAGGCCUGCGGCCUUGAACCAGCUGGACCUGAUGUCCCUUCAGCCCCCUUCUCUCUGGGGCCUGUCAUCUUCAAGUGCUUGGAUCACUUGGCCAUUCUGUGCUGGCCCCUGCAGUCACCUAUCAUCUCAGUAGAACUGUUCCUCUGACGGUGGUUCCCUUUGCUCUGGGGCCUGGAGCUGAGACCAUCUCUUCCACUUCUGGACCACACUGUGCACUCAGUCACCCACCGACUCUCCUGCCAACCCUCCUACUCAGGGUUAGAACCUCCCGACCUGGACUCCACCCCAGUCAGUGUCCUUGGAACUUGUCACAGCUUAGCACCUUUGGAAGGGGCACUGGAUUGGGAGUCAGAAGAUGGAGUUCUGGUACCAUUUGUCCUACUUAUAAGUCCUUGACCAUGUUCUGUUCCAUGCAUCAGAUGCUUUCUGCCCACCUCUCCUUGACCUACUCAUCAGAGCUGCCCAGCAGACACCACCCUUCCUGCCCACCCCUUUCCCAGCUCAAAGACAGUCAGUGGUGAGCAGCAUUUGGAGCCCCCAGGACCUGGACACCCACAUCUACGUCUCUUCCUCUCCCUCCUGAACCCAUCUCAGAUACCCCUGCCCAGGCUGCCAGGUGGCUGGGGUGAGGUCAGGGGGCGGCCAGUAGGCAGGAAGAUGGGAGGCAGACCCAGAAUGGACCCAGCUCUCCACUUCCUUCCAUCUCAGGGUGGAGGGAAUCUGAGCUGUUCCCGACCACUCCUAUCUCCCACCCAACCUUUUGCACUACAGCCAGGGGGUGAGCCCUGGAGGUGAAACAAACCCCCUGGGGCCCAGACAUGCAAAUCUCUGGCACCACUGUGUCCCCACUCAAUCCCUGGUCCAGUCUGUUUCCUUUUCUGAAAAGUGGAGGGUUGGAUACAAAGUUCCCCUCCUGGCCUAUGGCCCUCAGAGGAGAAAGACUGGAAGGAAACUUAGAGAAUCCUCACUCCCCCGCCUCCACUUUACAGAUGAGGAAACUGAGGCCCAGAGAGGGCGAAGACUUGGCCUUGUUGUCAUCCAGCAAAUAGCAGAAGGGAGGUUCCCUGGGGAGGAACCAGGAGCAGAGGCCAGGAGAGAGGUGGACAAGGAGGGGUCAGCCUCCCCUGAAAGAGGUCCCCCCUCCCAGGGGCCUCCAGUCUCCAGCCCUCUGUCCUAAUGCUGCUUUCUGAGGAGACUUCAGGAGGUUAGAGCAUUUGAUGUUCACAACAGGAGGAGGGGCGUGGGUGUCUGUGUUUGCUUUAAAAAAUGUUUUUUAUUAAAAAAAAAUCAAGACA